GUUUUAAUUGGAAUAUCUUUAUUUUUACUAGGUACCUCAACACACAGUUUAUUAAGAAGAACAAAUUGACUGAAGCUGAUCUUCAGUAUGGUUAUGGUGGUGUGGAUAUGAAUGAACCACUGAUGGAAAUAGGAGAGCUAGCUCUUGAUAUGUGGAGAAAAUUAAUGAUUGAGCCACUACAGGCCAUCCUAAUUCGAAUGCUCCUCCGAGAAAUCAAAAACCCAAGCACUCCUUCUUCAAGUCAAGCUGAAUAUCAACUUAAGCAUUUUUGUUUCAACACAACAGGAAGCCGACAAGAUCUUGAAUUUGAUCGCUGUGGAGAAGACCCAAACCAGAAAGUAAUCCAUGGGGUUAUUAACUCCUUUGUUCAUGUUGAACAGUAUAAGAAAAAAUUGCCCCUAAAGUUUUAUCAGGAAAUUUUUGAGUGUCCUUUUCUGAAUGAAACAGGGGAGUAUUAUAAACAAGAAGCUUCAAAUUUAUUGCAAGAAUCAAAUUGCUCACAAUACAUGGAGAAGGUUUUAGGUAGAUUAAAAGAUGAAGAAAUGCGGUGUCGGAAAUACUUGCAUCCCAGCUCAUAUGGUAAAGUGAUUCAUGAAUGCCAGCAGAGAAUGGUAGCUGAUCACUUGCAGUUUCUACAUGCAGAAUGUCACAAUAUUAUCAGACAAGAGAAGAGAAGUGACAUGGCAAAUAUGUAUACUCUACUUCGUGCUGUGUCAAGUGGUUUACCUCAUAUGAUUCAGGAACUACAAAACCAUAUCCAUGAUGAGGGCCUUAGAGCAACCAGCAAUCUUUCUCAGGAAAAUGUGAGUUUUUUAGGCAGCUGAAAUUGCCUAUUUGAUUAACAUUCCUAAUGAAAUGUUUACCCUUUUUCUUUUUAGUCUAUUAUGUUCUUUAAUUUUGUCUAUAUGAAAUUGGUUUGGAAGUUUAUGGGUAAAUUGUAGUUUCUAAUCAGCAAUCUUAGCUGUGCAACACAUAUCUAUCCUGAGAGUUGAUUGUUGUGAUCUAACCAGAAGCAACUACAAAUAGACA